CCUCAGUUUUCCCUCAUGCGGCUGAUAAUUGUAGGAAAAGAAACUUCGCGUAAUUCAAAUCCUCUCUCUCUCUCUCUCUCUCUCUCUCUCUAGUCUCUACCCUCUAUUCACUAUCAACGCAGAAUACGAUGUCGCUGAGGCCGGGCGCUAGGGCAGAGGUGAGGCGGAGCCGCUACAAGGUGGCGGUCGACGCCGAUGAGGGGCGGAGGAGGAGGGAGGACAACAUGGUGGAGAUCCGGAAGAGUAAGCGCGAGGAGAGUUUGCUUAAGAAGCGUAGGGAAGGCCUCCAGCCGCAGCCGUUCACAGCGUCGCUUCAGUCCUCCGCGCUCGAGAAGAAGUUGGAGAGUCUUCCUGCUAUGGUUGCUGGCAUCUGGUCAGAUGAUAACAACUUGCAGCUUGAAGCAACUACACUAUUCCGCAAAUUACUAUCAAUUGAAAGAAGCCCUCCUAUUGAAGAGGUUAUCCAAUCUGGUGUUGUUCCUCGGUUUGUUCAGUUCCUCAUGAGAGAGGACUUCCCUCAGCUUCAGUUUGAGGCUGCAUGGGCACUGACUAAUAUUGCCUCUGGUACAUCAGAAAACACCAGAGUAGUUAUUGAUCAUGAUGCUGUGCCAAUUUUUGUGAAGCUUCUAUGUUCACCCAGUGACGAUGUCCGUGAACAGGCUGUGUGGGCAUUGGGGAAUGUUGCAGGUGAUUCUCCUAGAUGCCGUGACCUUGUCCUUAACAAUGGAGCCCUGGUCCCCUUGUUGGCUCAGUUGAAGGGCUCUACUAAGCUGUCAAUGCUGAGAAAUGCCACCUGGACUUUGUCAAACUUCUGCAGAGGCAAGCCACAACCUCCCUUUGAGCAGGUAAGACCGGCAAUUCCAGCCCUUGAGCGUCUUAUUUACUCAGACGAUGAAGAGGUACUUACUGAUGCAUGCUGGGCUCUUUCAUACCUAUCGGAUGGUACAAAUGACAAAAUUCAAGCUGUGAUUGAGACUGGUCUCUGUCGACGCCUUGUUGAUCUCCUUCUCCAUCCCUCUCCUUCUGUGCUUAUCCCUGCCCUCCGUACUGUUGGAAAUAUUGUGACUGGCGAUGAUGUUCAAACUCAGUCAAUCAUUGAGUAUGGUGCACUUCCUUCACUAUUAAGCUUGUUGACUCACCAUCACAAAAAGAGCAUCAAGAAAGAAGCCUGCUGGACAAUUUCAAACAUCACUGCUGGAAACAGAGAACAAAUACAGGCUGUAAUAGAUGCUGGCUUGAUAGGUCCCUUAGUCAAUCUACUUCAGACUGCCGAAUUCGAUAUAAAGAAAGAGGCUGCAUGGGCUAUAUCAAACGCUACGUCUGGAGGAACCGAUGAGCAAAUCGUGUACUUGGUCAGUCAGAACUGUAUUAAACCUUUAUGUGAUCUCCUGAUCUGCCCCGAUCCAAGAAUCGUGACCGUUUGUUUGGAGGGUCUGGAAAACAUACUGAAAGUUGGGAGCAACUAUGGAGAUGUCAAUAAUUUUGCCCAGUUAAUAGAUGAAGCAGAAGGGCUAGAAAAGAUUGAGAAUUUGCAGAGUCAUGACAACAACGAAAUCUACGAGAAGGCUGUAAAGAUACUCGAGUCCUAUUGGCUAGAGGAGGACGAGACUUUACCUGCUGCUGCUGACGAAAGCCAGACCGGAUUCAACUUUGGAGGAAAUGGCCUUCAAGCACCACCUGGUGGAUUCAGUUUCAACUGAAGUCUGGUGUACAGCAGUUUCUCUGGUUGGUAGUGAUACCGAUUAGGUCGGUCAAGGGUCAGGAGUUGCAGCAUGGGUCGAGUCCAGGUCUGGUCAGUUUGCAACACUCCUAAACGAGUUUGGUGAGUCGGGUCCAGAGUCGGUCAGUGUUAUGGAGGUGUGCCCUCCUAGUACGUGUCGAUCUGCGCCGUGCUGGUCAAUUGAGUAACGGGGUUCCAGCUUGGGCAGAGACAGUCGGUCGGGUCGUAUCUGGUCAUUUCCCCUUUAUGGUUGGAGUUGUCUAGGGGAACCCUACAUGGAAUGGUUUUUCCAUUUGAGAUUGGCGAUGUGGGGAGUCUUAUGUGUGCAUGUAUACAUGCUUUUAGUUGUCGUAGUCCUAAGUCGUGGCAACGGUAUUGUUUUUAUUUGUUUGAUCAUGCUUAAGUUUUAAACGUUUUGUCACUGCGGUCAUAUUUGUCUAUUUAUGUUGCUUGCAACAGAAGUGAUUUUGAGUCAUUUGGAGACCAUUUAUAUACAUAUAUAUAUUUAUUGGAUCA